AAUUCUAAAAUACAAAAUGUCUCGCGAAAAUUCCCCACGUCAUAGCGCUAGACGUUUAGCCAGAGAUCCACAACCGCAUCCAACGUCACAGCACAAUCAACAACAACAGCAGCAUUUCUCACCCGUUCAUCAGCCACGCAUAAUGGAACAUUCGCCAGCCGGAAGAGGAAAUAAUGCCGGUGCCAAUAUGGCCAAUGCCGGCACUGGACUCAUAUCAAAUUCAGCUUCCAAUAUAACCACCGUUCACGAAGAUGGCAGCGAGGAUAAUCCCAUGCUGCCACCUUUGACCGGUUCGGGACCAAGUCGACAACGUUCAUUAAGAGAUCGUCUUAAGGACGGCAUAACCGGCAGUUUUUCAUGGCAGUAAGUGAAAA